AUGAGCGGUAUUCAUCGCCUUCUCACUCGCCGCGAUCGGCACAAAAGCGCUGGGCGACAGGGUAAAGAGGAGAACACCCACGCUCUUGCGCUUCCCCUCCUACGGGGCUUUUUCGCGUCGCACCCGACCAAAGAGGAUAGUCAAGAACAUGAGAAGAAGGUCAAACUAGUCGAAACCCUCAUUCGAGCAUAUGGAAUCACUAUCUUAGAAGAACAUCAUUUUAGACAUGCAUUAAAAAGCACCCACGACGAUGUCGACAAGGCGAUCAGCCUCCUGCUUUUGCUGGAGGAUUCAAUCGAGGGCAUCAUUCGGCCCUAUACACCCAGCACCAAACUACUGGGUGCUGAGAACCGUCAGGGUGUCACAUGCUAUCUAGAUGCGCUGCUGUUCGCCAUGUUCGCACGAUUGGACUGUUUUGAGGCGAUUUUGUAUAAAUCGUUCAAUGAUGAGCCCCGUCGCAAGCUGGCUAUAUUGCUCAGGUUCUGGGUGAAUAUGCUGCGAGCAGGGAAGCUGAUCACCACCGACCUUACAAAGUACCUCCAGGACGCCCUGGCAGAGUGUGGAUGGGAAGAUGCAGCUAAUUUGCAUCAGCAAGAUGCUUCUGAGGCGUUUACAUUCAUCACUGAGAAGCUUGAGUUGCCUCUCCUUACCCUCAAGAUGGACAUUUAUCAUUUCGGCAAGGAAGACGCCAGCGACGACCAUAAAUUCAUAAAUGAGCGACUGCUCGAGGUGGCUAUUCCACCUGAGCCAGCUGAUGGACAAACUCUCACCCUUGAAGAUUGCCUGGAGGCCUACUUCAAUAAUCGGAUUGAAGUCAAGCGGUACUUAGAGAGACGCAACACCAUCAGCUCCACUCGAUCUGUGGAUUCCCUUUCCAUUUCCAAAGGAUUCACCGCACAUAUCGAGGAGGUUGAUACAACUCCAGCCUUGUCUCCAGUCCAGUCCACUUUGCCUCAACUUGAGAAACCAAGCUCCUCCCUAUCUUUCUCAGGCGUUAAUGAGUCGCUGAGGUCGCGAGGGCUCGGUCGUCGUAACAGCAUUGUUCGCGAGAGAUUUAUCCCAGAUUCCAACGAUGUGAAGACUGGGGACACGGACUCGGCUGCCUCGGAGGUGCAGCAGCGGAAGGGCAUUUUUAGGAAGGAAGUGAUGAUGCCCGCGUGGCAAUUCUUCAGUCUCAUCCCAUGGUACACGGAUAACACGCCGACGAGCGAUGCUCAAGUGGCGGCGCACUUCUCCUCCAAAAGACCCAUUCUCGGCAUGUGUCUCAAGCGAUAUUCGUUUCUCCCAAAUGGCAAAGCUGUUCGGCUCAACACGUACAUCGACAUCCCUAUCGAGAUCGGCCUGCCUCAUUUUAUCCAGGAUGAUAAUAUGGAUGCAGAUGCUCCCAUUUAUGGGAACUUCAAACUCUCCUUGCAGGCUGUAGUCUGCCAUCGUGGUAACUCGGUGGACUCGGGACACUACAUCGCCAUUGUUCGGGGUACAAGCCCUAAUAGCGCCCCACCUGGCUCUACUGACGGCUCUGAUCCUCCGAGCAUCGAAACGCCAAAGCACUGGAUGCGCUUUGAUGAUCUCGCCUCCGAGAGGGUAACCCUCAUUGAUAUUGAGACGGCGCUGAAGACGGAAUCUCCUUAUCUGCUGUUCUACCAAAUACUUCCUAUUGACCAGGAUGCAUCCUUGGCCAAUCUCUCGAACAAGCCGCCCUCGUCUCACGCAUCCGAUGCCACACUUGAUGUAGAAAUAGGCGAUGUCUCUCGAAAACUACGGUCCCUAGUGGUUGAGGAAACGGAUGGUAGUACCACCGACGUCACCUCUGCCAGACCCAGCUUCGAUGUUACCGGCCCUGAUAACGCUACUCAGGCUUUCAACGACAAUCCACGCCGGCCAAGUGUGGCAUUCUCAGACCAUCGCCCCGUCGGCCCACCCCGUUCAGUGCCAUCCAUGUCACCGCGCUUGACUCCUAUGGAAGAGGAGAACAGCAGAGGGUCCUUCAGCUUCUCUCGUCGUAGCUCCCGACACUCUAAGAGCAACUCUGGUAGCCGCGCUGGCAGUCGCGCUGGCAGCCAGCCCGGCGAGAAUAGAAUCGGAUCAACCUUCUCACGCUUUACUGGACGACUUAGCAAAGACAGAAUCACCAGCGACGGCGAGGGUGAGCCCUCGGGCGAUGAAUCCGCCAUCGUUGUGGUUGACGACAUCGCACCUGACGACAUCAAGCUGGGACCAGCCGCGUACGAGCCCAAAGAGAAAGGCAGAAGGGGGCCAACCAAGGAUCGCAACCUGAGAGGUAAAUCCAAGGAAAAGUCUAAGGAGAAGAGCCGAAAGCCGGAGCGGGAGUGUAUUGUGAUGUGA